AUGUCUAUGGCAACCCAAGCCUCCAUCUUCCCCUCCACGAUCUCUGCCGCAAAAUCUGGUGAUCGUAUGUUGGUGCCGUGGAAGCAAUCUUCCCUAGCAUCAUUCACUAGCCCUAGCUCACUAAAGAUAUCCACCGUUGCAUACCGCCCCAUUCGAGCCAUGGCGGAGACACCCGCCACAAAAGAGGCAGAGAAGGAGGCUCCAGUGGGCUUCACCCCGCCAGAAUUGGAUCCUAACACACCAUCACCAAUCUUUGGUGGCAGCACGGGCGGCCUGUUGCGCAAGGCUCAGGUGGAGGAAUUCUACGUCAUUACAUGGGACUCGCCUAAGGAACAAAUUUUCGAGAUGCCCACCGGUGGAGCUGCCAUAAUGAGGCAGGGCCCAAAUCUAUUGAAAUUGGCUAGGAAAGAGCAGUGUUUGGCACUUGGGACUAGGCUAAGGUCCAAGUACAAGAUUCAGUACCAAUUUUAUAGGGUGUUCCCUAAUGGAGAGGUACAAUAUUUGCACCCGAAGGAUGGUGUCUACCCGGAAAAGGUUAACGCUGGCCGCCAAGGAGUUGGCCAGAAUAUGCGAUCCAUUGGUAAAAAUGCCAGCCCCAUUGAGGUGAAAUUCACUGGGAAGCAAGUGUAUGACUUGUGA